GGCCCUUCUGAAACAUCUGAAAUCAAAGUGGAGACUUUCUGCGAUUUUCCUAAACUACAGGGACUAAAAUAUAAAUUAACCUCCCGACAGAGUCCGACCAACCAACUUCAGCCGGCAGCGAGAACGAGCUAAAACCCAUUUCUCUGAAAGAGCUAAAACCCUGAUUUUGUCUUUCCGACCGGAAGGAAGAACACUGAGCUCUUCCAUCUUUGUUUCCAUGGAAGCCGGCCCUGCUCCAAUCGUGUGAAUUGGGAGGGCCUGACUUCUGUAGAUGUGGCUUCUUUCUUCUCUCAGAACCGGAAAGCUUCUCUCGGCUCCCGCCCUACUCAAAUCCAAACCCCUCUCCGCCCGCGCCGCCUUCUUCAGUCCCGGGUCGGCUGCCCUCUUGUCGGAACCCUGUCCCCACCGCUCAUCCUCCGAUGAAGACGACGAGCAGCAGCAGCAGCAUUUCUAUCGGUUUCAGCCGCAAAGGCAAGAGCUUGAUUCAGUAAAGAUCAGCUGUAUGCUGCGCCGCUUCAGGAGGGACCCCGACGCCGCCUUGUCCUUCUUCCACCAGCUCACGCAGCGCGGCUUCUCUCAUGAUAUUUGCACUUACUCUGCUCUAGUUGCGAUUCUCUCCUGCUCUUCGGGUUUGCGGAGGAAGCUUGAUUGCGUAUUGUGGCAGCUGAUUUCUUCGGAGUCGAAGGGCUUCGAUGUCUUCGAUUUGUUGGAAUACCUGUCGCAUGAGGUUAGGGACGAAGUGGUGGUCCGUGUCUUCGAUGCAGUGGUUAAGGUUUAUGUCACAAAGGGGAUGUUCGAUGAAGCGAUUGAUGCCCUGUUCCAAACGAACAGGCGGGGAUUCAUUCCCCAUGUCUUCACGUGUAACUUCCUGAUGAACCGGUUGAUCGAGCAUGGGAUGCCCCAGGUGUCAGUUUCCCUGUACAAGCAGCUCAAGAUGCUAGGCGUGCACCCUAAUGAUUACAUGUAUGCUAUUGUCAUUAAGGCGCACUGCAAGAUGGGCGACUUGGAAGAAGCUGACAACGCCUUUCAUAACAUGGCGGAGGCAGGAGUUAGCCCUAACACCUUUGCUUACACAACCUAUAUUGAAGGCCUUUGCGGGAAUAGGAAAUCGGAUUUGGCCUAUCAGAAACUUCAAGCAUGGAAAGGGGCGAAGGUUCCACUCAAUGUUUAUGCCUAUGCAGCUGUGAUUCAGGGUCUAUGUGAUGAGGAGAAACUGGAACGAGCAAAGCAGGUCUUGGACGAGAUGGUAGAGCAAGGGAUGGUCCCCGAUGCCCUAUGUUAUGGUUCCUUGAUUCGUGGACAUUGCAAGUCGUUGAAGUCAUCAAAUUUGCUUCAAGCUAUGGAUCUUCACGAGGAUAUGAUGUCGAAAGGCAUCAAAACAAACUGUGUUAUCGUCAGUUAUAUCCUUCAUUGCUUAUGUGAAAUGGGCAUGUUCUUAGAAGCGGUGGAACAAUUUAUUAAAUUUGAGCAGUCGGGAAUUUUCGUUGAUGAGGUGACUUAUAAUAUCAUCCUCAAUGCAUUGUGUAAGUUGGAGAAAGUUGAAGAAGCCACGAAACUGCUUGAAGAGAUGAAAAGGAAGAAAAUGAUUCUUGAUAGAGUGCACUACACGACUUUGAUCAAUGGUUACUGUCUCCAAGGAAACAUGUUGGACGCCUUGGACGUGCUCGAGGAGAUGAAGACAACUGGGCUCGAGCCUGAUAUGGUAACUUAUAAUGUGCUUGCCAGUGGGUUUUCUCGGGCGGGCCUUGUAUCUGAGGUGCUUAAUCUGUUGGUUGACAUGGAGGACCAGGGCCUAAAACCGAACACUGUGACACAUAAUAUGAUCAUUGAGGGUCUUUGCAUCGGAGGUAAAGUGAAGGAAGCUGAAGCAUUCUUUGAAAAAUUAGAGGAUAAAAGUGUGCAAAACCGUAUUGCCAUGGUUAGUGGUUAUUGCACAGCAAACUAUAUGACAGAAGCCUUUGAUCUUUUUCUCGAGCUUGCUAAAGAAGGAAUUCUGGUAAAAAAGAAUUGUUGCUUCAAGUUGCUGCGGAAUCUUUGUAUUGGAGAUUAUGCGGAUAGAGCUCUUUUUGUGCUUGAGACGAUGUCAGCAUUCAACAUGGAGCCAACCAAAGCACUGUACACCGAUCUGAUAGCUGGGUUAUGUCGGGCUGGGCAUUUGAGAAAAGCCCGGUCGCUCUUUGAUGCUACUGCAAAGAGGGGUUUGAUUCCCGAUGUCAUCAUGUUUACAUCAAUGAUUAGAGGUUACCUUAGCGAAAAUUACUUCCGACAAGCAUUUGAUCUUUUCAUCAGUAUGAAAAUUAAAGGGAUAGAGCCUGAUGUAAGAGCAUACACAGUGUUGCUUGAUGGUUACUUCAAAGCAGAGUUAACAAGAGCAAGGUCCUUCACUAAGAAAGAAGACAUAGAUGCUGGGAUUUGUGACAUCUUCACAAGAUUUUUAGUUGAGAUGAAAAAUGAAGGGACAGAGCCUGAUGUUUUCUACUAUAAUGUUAUGAUCGACAUACUUUGUAAGUUGGGUAAGCUUGAGGAAGCUAAAGAUUUGUUGAGUGACAUGAUGGAAAUGGAACUGCAACCCAAUGCUGUAACAUACACGGUGUUGCUUGAUGGUUACUCAAAAGCGGAGUUAACAAGAGCAAGGUCCUCUACCAGCAGAAGAAAGAGAGAAGCAAUAGAUGCUAAGAUCCAUGACAUCUUUAGAGGUGUUUUAGUUGAGAUGACAAAUAAAGGGAUAGAACCUGAUGUUUUCUACUAUACUGUUAUGAUCGACAUACUCUGUAAGUUGGGUAAGCUUGAGGAAGCUGGAAAUUUGUUAAGUGACAUGAAAGAAAUGGGAGUGCAACCCAAUGCAGUUACGUACACUGCCCUUAUCUUGGGAUGCUGUCAUUUUAAAAAAGUAGAAAGGGCAAUGCAAAUUGCUAAAGAGAUGGAUUUGAAGGGUAUAGAUCUGGAUGAUUGGGUCAAAUCUAUUCUAGAGUGCAGUAAAGUAAAGCCUGAGAUCUGCAAGUCUCAAAAGUAGCCUUGAAUUCAGGAGAUAUUUGCUCGCUUCUUGGGCUAUUCUGAGGUAAAGUGUGAUUACUAGUUUGCCUGGGUCUACUGUUUUUGGCGAUUCCAUGAAGGUUGAUGGUCAUAUCAUCAAAUUAGCUCAAUUGAAUAUGUACUUUUAUUCUGGAAGGCAUGAUUGAAGAGUGAGUCUUAGUUGAGCAAGGUCAGAAUGGUCUACUCAUUCUGAGGAGUGCAGUUAUUUCCUCUUGCAAUGGAGCAAGUGAUGAAGCAUUUUCUUUUGGAGAUCCAGAUUCAUCUUCACUUAUGGAACACACACAAUCGUUGGUAUGGUUAUGGGCGGACAAUACUUAAUUUGCAUACGGCAGAGACCACCUUCGCUAGUUCCCCCUACUGAUCUUAGGAGACACUUGCAGGAUAUUGGUGAAUGUUUGUUCUUGGACGAUAAAGCCAUUCUUUGAUACCUGGGAUAGCUACCAAGCACAAGGUUUUUGAACAGAUUCUGCAGUCAAACACAUUGCAGUUGAGCACCACAACCGAAACAUCGAGCAAAGAUGGGCUCGUGAUAAUUCGUUCAAAGGGAGGAGGCGAUGCAUUCCAGCACAGCCACCCAAAUGGCUCCAAGCGGUAACCACCAAAUCUGAAGCAGUUCUAUUCAAGUCUGUUCCUAUAACUUCUCUUUGCACUGGAGUCUCAGGCAGUGGUUAUUUGAGUCGCGCGGUCAAUUUUUAUCUGCUUUAUGAACCUGAUCUGGCGGAUUUAGAUUGGUUGGAGUUUCAAGUCCCAAGGCAGCCGGCUCCAAUGCCUUGCGAGCUGCCUCUCAGGCAUCUUAGGAAGAAAACAUCUUGCCAGGACCUCCGAAUUCAAAUUCUCUGCUGGUGAACGGAGCUUUGAUCUCACUCGGAGAAUCCUACUUCCGAAUGCAAUGUGGUUCGAUCCAAGUCUAUUGAUCAUAUGGAGCUAGGGCCCUGUCUUCAAGUGUAGUCAUCGGAAUGAUCUUCUCUGGCUCUGUUAAAUCAGACUUGACAAGGAAUUCCUUAUAUAAAUCGUCAUACACGUGAGAAAGUACCUAUUAGAUUACCGAAUGAGUAUGAAUGAAUGAGUAUUAAUUCACUCAAUUUUUGUGUCGUUUUUUUCAACUGUGGCAGCUUAUUGGGCAGUGUCAUUUAAGAUUUUUGGAGGACAAUUGUCUAUUUUUGUAUCCUUUUAUAAAAGAUCACGUUGACACUAUCAUAAUUAAAA